AUGUCUGCCAACGAAAUGAGAAGUGAAUCGGAGCAGCAUGGCUCGAGCCUCGGCUCCCGCCUGACCAAGAAGUUGAGCAAGAGGCUUUCAAUUGGCUCCAAGGAAGCCGACAACAGUCACCCAGGCUCAAACUACGAGAAAGACAUGAGCAGUGGUCGGAAGAGCGUGCCCGACACUCAAACUGCUAGAGAGCAAGUUACAAUGGCCAGCUCGGACGCCGCACAUGGCAGUGCAGCGACUGCUAAGCAGGAGACUUCGCAGAUCCCAGGCACCCAGGGUAUCGUCACAGGAGAUGAUCCUCGUGAGACAUCCGCCAGAGAUCAGGUCAACGCCAUGAGCGCCCAGGAACUCGGUACCCGAGCCGGUGACCGCAGAUCCAGUAUCACCCCAGGAGUACUCGUGUACAAUGAUGAUAUCAAGAGGGGUCCCAUCACCACAGGCGUUCGAAGAGAUACUGGCCAGUCCACUCAUGGCGGUGUUGGCAGCAGUCAGGACCAAGCAUCUAAUCGGGACGCCCAGAGUUCGCUCGCUUCGAAUCAAGCUCAACAAGGUUUGAAUCAAGAACAAAUGGGAUCGGGGAUGACCGACGCUGGCACAGGUAGUGCCGUACGCUCGACUGACAGCGCCUACGGAACAAGCGAGACGAAGCCACAGGAGCUUUCUAGUAGCUUGACUGCCGACGGUGGCAUCUCACCGACUGACAAAUCGUCUUCCCCAAAGUCAGGAAAGCCUGGCUUUGCUGCCUUCGGAAAUGGUCCUCUUGGUAACAUUUUGCGACGUGCAUCCGGUCAGGGAAGCUCCAACAAGAAUAAUCUCAACGACGAACGAUUCACCCAGAUGGAUGCACAGCAGCCGAAGUCCACGGAUCAGAGCCGCGGUAUCAGUGGGGGUACCGCAGCAGGUGUUGGGAUUGGAGCAGGAGCUGGGGCUGCACUUGGAGCACUAGGAGUGAACCGUGGAGUUGACCUUGCGGGUACGGACAAAGCUGGCAUGAAUACCAAGGCGAUGAAUACCGAUACUGUGGACACCACUGGCAUGAGCAACGCUGGCAUAAACACCAGCGGUAUGAGCAACACCGGUAUGAGCACCAGCGGCAUGAACACCAACAGCAUGAACACUAGCGGCAUGAACACCAGCGGCAUGAACACCAACCGUGGCAUGGACGCCCCCGGCAUGAGCACCGGCAGUAUGAACACCAGUGGUAUGAACACUAGCGGUGGGAACACCAGCGGUAUAAGCCCGAAAGGUACAAGCACCACCGGCAUGAGCAAUCUCAGUGGUAUGAGCACCGCCGGUACAGGUAACCUUGGCAUGAGCUCAGACAAACAGGCCAGCAUUGUCAAGUCUCGUGACGGCGGCAUUGUACGAGGAGGCACCGCUGUCAUGGGUGGCGCCAGUGAGACUUCAAAGCACGCAGGGUCGCAGUCCGCGAGAAUGUCAGGAAAAGAAGGAACAGCAGCUACAGGACUUGCUGGUGCAGCUGGCCUCGUCGGCGCAGCCGGGGCAACUGGAGUAGCCGCAAAGUCUGCUAUGCCCGGUCAACAUGGAGCCACUGGGGCAUCUCGCGAAUCCUCCAUUACUGGUAAUGACUUCAAGUCCAAGGAUGGAAUCCAGAAGACUGCAGAAUCAUUGCCAGGUCACGCUCCUGUAGCAGCUGCAGGUGGUGCCGGCAUAGUUGGUAUGAGUCCAGCCAAGGCGACUCAAACAACCAGCGUCUCCUCUGAGCCGGGAAUGCCUGGAGCUUUCCGAGAAGCUCCAGUGCCUACUGGCCACGGACCUGCGCCCACUAAAUCGACCUCAUCGACGGCCGACACUGGUCUGCAUAGUUCGUCCGCUCGAAGAUUACCCGUGGGACUGCCAAUGCCAUCUCAGCCAGCACCGCCUGGUACCCGAGUCAUGGAUCUUCCUGACAGCAGUGAUCCAAUCAGUCUCGCCAAAGCCUCCUCGCGCAGUCAGUACUCGAGUAUUCCAAGCUCAACUACAACAAGCACCACUACAAUGUCUACCAGAGCAGUAAGAGGCUUGAGCAUGAGUAUGCCAAAGGUGACUGUACUUCAGGACAGGCUUCAGGCAGUUUCGCAAAAGUGUAAGACGCAACUAGGUACAUCAACCAGCGAGAUCAGCCAGCGCAGUCCCACCGUCGAUGGUUUCUUCGACGCCGUGGCCACUGAGCGUCUACGAUGGAUGCCGCGGGAUGGGAGUCGACUCGACUGCAGCCUUCGAUGGGCAUCGCGGCUUGCAUCCGCUGUCGAUGCUCUCCGCAAAUCCACCGAGUCAUUCGCCCCGGGUGCUGAAGCAGCUUCCCAACUCAUCUGGGGCUUCAUGAUCGUGAUGCUAGAGUCGGAUUUGGAUGAUACUGACCUCUUUGAAAGUAUCUUUGGACGGUACGGACGCGUUGCGGUUGGGCUCUAUCUGCUGAUUCAGUACGAGUCAGCCUACAAGAAUUCAACAAAACUUCAGCCUCAAGCUACUGCGGUCUUCGCGGAUUUGCUUGAGAUGGUUUGCAACACCACGACCAGCGUCGUUGAGGGAUUCAAGGCAAAAGAAUCAAGCCAUCUGAUUGAGCACAGCGUCGACUCUGCGUUCAUCACCUAUGCCAAGCGCUACUCGACUCACUGGAACAACAUCGUUGAAUCAUCCACUCACCGUGUAGCUAAACAAAGCUCGCUGAUCAAAUCCAACCCCGAGCUCGGAAGUUUACGUCAAUUCCUCGGUGUUCAGGAUCGCCCUCUUCAGCUGAUUCUAGACUCUCGCUUGCACUCUCUCGCUGAAGGAUCUUUCGAGUGGUUCAACGGUACUUUGUACGAUUUCUCCAUCGGCAAGGCGCCAGUGUUAGUCAUGACUGGCGACGCAGGUUCAGGAAAGAGUGCCCUCGCGCAAUGGACAGUCGAGCGUUUGCAGGAAUCAUCUGAGCAUGAGUCUUGGAAUGUGAUUCCAUACACAAUUCGUACGUGUUGA